CGGCAGAGAAAAUUAAAAUACUGGCGAAUAACGAUAAACGAAGCAGCCGGUUAAAAAUAAUAAGCCACGUUCGAGGAUUUGGCGGAAAUACACAUUCACUGCGUUGUUAUGUCACAGCAAACAAAAUUUUCGUAGUGACUGAGGCAACGACGAUCCAACUGACAGCUGUCUAGACCGUGGCUGGAUCAGCGAACCUCAGCCUGGCUUAUCGUCCAAGACACAUGAGUGCGGAAACCGAGGGUGUGUGUAGACAAAGAGUUUUGCAGAAAAUAAAAAUGGGAGCCAGAAUAGUGGAUUGGAUCGAUUUGUUGGACGUUCGUUCUCACAAGGACAUUUACCAUCAUGUAUGGGAAAGCCAACACUUGAGUCCCUGGCAGACGAAGAGCUCUGCACUGUGUCCAGAUUCAGAUGCUUUUGGCCAUGAAUUGGGCCUUUCCAGGCCGAGGACAGCAUUGUCCAAACCCCGUUCUCUGAGCAUCAAAGGAGAGCAGGUUCUCUGCAAUAAAAAGAUCGGGGUAGAAAGGUAUGUUUGUCAACCAUUGUCCAUGAAAAGAAACCUUGACAAUAAAGCAGCAAAGGAGGCCAAUGACAGCAUCAGCCUAGGACCAUCCAGCAGACCUGAAGACCAAGCUCUGAGGACAACUCACAGGAAACCUCUUCUUACAACUCGCUGUAGGGUCUUGUGGUCGGAGGCUGUGAAGUUCCCGUACCACACGGUGAAGACAGUGCUACCGUUGAAUGUGCUGAGCAGAGAGUUUGGCCAGCAUUUUGUGCCUGAGGUCCCUGACUACACAUACACAUCUCUGUGGUGUCCCAGUUCUGAACAGAAGGCUCAGCUUGGUCCUGCCUGGGCACUCACAUCUUUUCCAGAGGAAGAAGAGUUCAGGAUGCUUGGAUCUGCUGGAAAGAGGGUGGGCCUACAGCUGCAGCCUGAGAAUGUGGGUCAGCUUUCAAGUGCAACUUAUAGAAGACCACAGAGGAGCAUACUCAAAGAAGAAUACUUCAGUGCUGGAAAAGAAGCCAUCUCAGACAUUCUUCCUUUCAGCAUCCCCAUUGAACUCUCUCCAGUGAGAAUCAGCGAGACAUUUCCUGCAGUGUAUAACAUCGAUGAACAUCAGAGUAAAUCAUCUGGCAGUUCCAGCUUCUACACUGCUGUAGGGGCCUUGGGCGAGACGAGAGAAAGCAACUCGGCAAGAAGAAACAGCUUUAAUUUGCCUGCUCUUCAAAUCACCCAGUUAAUCCAAAAAAAGCACAUGGGAAGAGGGUCCAAAGAGAGGCAGACUGCAGAGAAGGGCCAUAGCUAUGGAGUGUGUAAAGAAUCUGCACUGAAAACAAUCAUGUCAAGUGCCCACAGAAGAAAUAUCCAAGCAAUAUCGACCAAAAAGAAAACAUCCAAGCAUCCAGAUACAGUUGAAUCUCCAAAGCAAAACCAUCGUCCAUCACGGUAUUUUGCACCUCCUCUAAAAAAGGCACCCUUGUGUCCCCUUUUAAUCCCAAACCAGACCAGCGUUGCUGCUUCGGACAUAGGUCCCGUCGCGAAUGGAAUGAACCCCAGCUACUCCUUUAACAGCAACCAUGUUCCAAAACGUUCCAAAGCUUUGCCAGGCUUGCUGAGAAAGAAAAUCAGCUGCAAAAACCCAGUGUCCACACUUUCGUCCAGCAAGAGAAACGUUGGUCAAGAGAGGAAGAUUCAGUUCUUGUCUAUUUCAAAGCCGCUGAAGCUGAACUGUAAAGAAACCAACGACCCCCCGAAGAAGCAGCACCACGAGAAGAAGGAACAACCUCACGCAGAAAAAACUCAGCUGUUUGCGUAUGUCCAAAUGCCAAAGACGGUGGUUCGAGACCCUUUGGAUGUGUAUGGGAUGAGAUUUUUCUUACCCCUGUCCUAUGUGUCAGAACGAGAAAGGAACGCCAGUUUACACACGGUCCUCAGAUACCACUGACAGUGCUAAGAUGGGCCCCAUUGCUUUGCACUUGGAGAGGACUCUAAAGUCAAAUAGGUGGGGAUUGUGUGACAACAGGGAAGGGUAUUUAUUGU